AUGGAUGGGUUUAAUACCGAAGCAUUCACUUUGUUGGGGGUAGCCAUUGUCAUCAUUGGCCUACGAACGACCGCAAGAUGGAUUAUGGUUGGCCCAAGAGGGUUCCAAGCUGAUGAUUAUCUAAUGAUAGUGGCAUGUGUGGUGUAUGGGCUGGAAACCGGUGCUGCGUACAUGGUCGGCGCGUGGUUCAUGGGCCUUGCCAAUAAUUCGAUGACGGAUGAACAACGAAAAAGUUUGUCGCCUGAUUCGGAAGAGUAUCGUUUGCGUGUGGGUGGCUCCAAGGUCCAGGUCGCCGGCUGGUCAUUAUACACUCUGUUAUUAUGGUUGCUGAAAACAUGCAUGGCCAUUUUCUACUCUCGAUUGACUGCAGGCUUAGUGAAUAUGCGAAUCCGAAUCCACAUCGCCUACGUUCUGAUCGCCAUAACGUAUAUUGCUACAAUCUGCUCGAUUCUCUUCGGAUGUCAUCCAAUGGAGAAAAAUUGGCAAAUAGACCCAAACCCUGGGAAUUACUGUCAGCCCGCCGUGUCCAAGAUCGACAUCUAUGUCACUGUGGUACUUAAUGUCGCGACCGACCUCUAUCUGCUUAGUAUUCCAGCUCCGAUGCUUGUCAAAGCGCGACUAAAAUGGCGGGAAAAACUCGAGCUCCUGAUUCUUUUCAGCGGUGGUUUAUUUGUGAUGAUGGCUGGUAUUCUGCGUUGUGUCCUCAUCUUAACAGCUGGUGCAAAUGGGGCUCAACAAGCUGGCAGCUGGGCCUGCCGCGAGACUUUUGUCGCCGUCGUCAUCGGAAAUAUUCCCAUGAUAUACCCGUUGGUAAGACGGUUCACAAAGCGUGCUGGUCUAUACAUUUCAUCAAAGGGUGGCUCAGAGAGCUACCCUGGAUACCCUCUAUCAGAUGCCGACACUGGCGGCGGCGGGUAUUCCAGACGCAAGAAGUUCCGCCAUCCGCUAUCGAUUCCUGCAGACACCCAAUGGAAUACAAUCAGCGACGAGCAAAUGAUCUUACCUACCUCACGACAACAACCGCCCACAUGCACCGCUGGCGACGGCGACUGGGAUUCCCACAGCCAAGGUAGCCAGAAUGGAAUAAAGGUUGUCCAUGAAACAAUUAUUCACAGCACCGAGAAGUCUCCUCGGCUAUAG